AUUCUCCUUCCUAUCUUUCUGUGGUUGAUUUUGUGUUUUUUGGAGGAAAUUAGGGUGGGGAGUGAGAAUGUGUUGAGUGUGUUGGAAUUGUUUAGGGUCCUGACAUCGUUCCUCCUCCCCCUGUAUGUAGAAAUUGAGAUGUCUUCAGAAGAGGCCAGGAGUGUGGUGGGGAGUGAAGUGAUGCCUUUGGAGUAUGGUAGUAUGGAUAUGGAGAGCAGUCCGUCUCCAACGAGUUCGGAGAGGACGAUGGAAGAGAGGAGGGAAGAAGUAGUAGUAGAGGAGGAGGAAGAGGAGAUCCCCUCAAACGUGUUAGAAUCUGGGGGUGGCGUAGAUGGGUGCUAUGACCUGGACUUAGAGAUAGUGUCUGAGGUAAAGGGGUAUGUGAGCGAAUUAGGGCUUAGGUUUCCCAUUCCAGAAUUACUGGUUGGGCUGUUAUUAGAUUAUAGUAUAGGAAUAACCCAGCUAACUCCCAAUGCCAUGAGGGCAGCUGGGGGUAGGGGGGAGAAGGGAUGGUACUACUUCGGCCCUCGGUCGUCCAGCAAAGGGAAUAGGACUUUAUUCUCUGUUGGACCGUCAUCCAUCAAAGGGUGGAAAGAAAAAUUCUUCUUUGUGGAUGACACCGAGUGGAGUAGGAGGGAUGCCGAAGUGGAACAGUUGUCUGCUUGGAAAGCUAAGAAAACCAAGCAGAACAACUAUAAGUUAAAUGAGGAUGAGGUGGGGGAGGUGGAGAAGCUGGUGAGGGAGGACGGAGACGUGGUGGACAUCCUAUACCUCACUAGUCCGCAGGCAAUAGAAGCUGCUGAGCUCUAUGGGCCAAGCUCAUUGAGCGAGGUUGAGAUGGAGGAGUUUACCGAUGCUGUUGGGGGGUUGCGCAUCCCAAAGAAGCCAAGGAAGAAGUCAACGACUUCAGUUGCGGCGAACAGAGGGGUGCCCGAGAGAGAGCGCCUGCCCAGCACUUCUGCCCGGGCCAUGGAGGUGCAGCCAAGGCCGGAGCCUGUGAUUGGGGGCAGCGAGGAUGUAAGCGAGGAGACGGCUCUGCUCCAGAGGAAGAAGAGGAGGGUGGCAGAGCUAGAAAGUAGGGGGGAUGAGGUGGUGGAGUUCAUGCCUCGACCUUCUCCUCCAGAAAUCGAUCCUGAGGUCUGGGAGAGGGAAGAGGCCGAGGUGCAAGGCCUUAGUGGGGGCAGGGAGCGCACCCCACCCCACGCGUACCAGAAAAGUUUGUUUGAGGCGACAAACAUGACUGGGGUGAAGCUCUUUCUCAACGCUACGCUUCCUGACGUGGAUAGGAUGCAAGCGAAGAACGAGGUGCUUAGCCAUGCGGGGUAUACCGUUAGUGCGAGUUGGACAAACGCUCUAGCGCAAGAGUAUACAGAGAGCGUUAGAGAUCGUGCCAGCUUGCAGAGGCAGUGCGAUGCCCUGCGAAAGGAGAAGGAGGAGCUGCAGAAGGAAAAGGGGGAGUUGCAGAAGAAAAACCAGCAGAUUCAGAGGAGGCUGGAUGAGGUGACACCAACAGUGACCGAGCUCCAGAGUGAUAACAGUGUCUUGAGCACGAAACUCUCUCUUGAGGAACGUAAAAGGAAAAUUUGCGAAGAGAAGCUCGAGGCUCAAGACAAAUAUAUCGAGAGCCUGAAGAAAGGGGCAGUGGAGCUGAAGAAGAACGUGGAGCUGUUGGUGCACAAUGGGAUGGAGGGACAUAUUGGCAACUUCCUCAACUCCAGCACCUUCGAGGGCAUCCUCAAGCUGUACCGGCUGCCAACCGCCAUCCUGGCCUUCACCGACUGCAGAAAGAAGGUGAAGGCCCAGUACCCAGAGGUGGACGUGACAACGGUCACUUUUGGGGAACAGGAGGAAGGAGUGGAGGAAGAUGGCGAGAGUCUCUGUGCGGACUUCCGUCCUCAGAUUACUCUGAGGUGGGAGCGUGAUGUAGAGGGGCGCACCAUUUUUCCGCCAACCUUUGAUGCUGAGUUGGUGGCCGUGGAGGGAGAAGAAGAAGAAGAAGAAGGAGCGUUAGGCGCUGGUGUUGGGGAUCAGGCAGCAAUGGCCGAAGUGCAGCCUCCUGAGGUGCAUCCAGUCUCCUCUGACGAGGUGCAGUAGCUGGCCCCUCCUGAAGUAGAAGUGCUGCCUCAACCUGCUGAAGAUGGACCCAGAUCCCCACCUUUUCCUGAUGAGGAGCAGCCUCCUCCUCCAACAGAGUAGUUUAGGAUUUUCUUUGCAUUAUUGAUGUAAAUAACAUUGUUAUAUUUAAUGUAUAAAAUUUUUGAAUUGAUUAUUGUCUGGUGUUCAAGCUUUAAUUUGUGAUUGAUGUUUUCCUUUGAGGAACUUUUUAUGGUAAAAUAAGUUAACUGGAAUUAA